AUGCUGUCGGCGUUCUAUUCGUGUCAUUACACCGACAUACCUUUGCUGUCACUCAUCGACGACUCGCUGAUCCCGAGUAACCAGUCAGAACCUCAGGUCUACUCAAACAACCUUGCUGUCUCCGCUAAUAGUCAGCCCACCUUGUGUUUUUUCACCGAGGAGUCGGAGCUCCCCGCUCCGAUUCAAAACUAUUGCAUCGUGGACACCUUCGACUCUGCGUUUCCGAUACUCGCCGUGAAUGGCGUCGCGCACAAAUUCUCGCUUUGCGAGAGCGACACGCAGUACUACACUGGUUUCCCCAACGAUGUGAUAUUCGAGGCGAUGGAGGACAGCGGGAACAUCUAUAAUUACACCACCUGCUAUCCUGUUCGUCUGCAGGUAGUGUACGAGGCCUAA